UAUAAAUCUGUCUAAUGUUAUCUUCUAUUAAUCAUAAAGAAGUCUUGACACUACGAAGAGACAGGGGAACAUUUCGUCCCUUCUACCACAUUGCCAACCUUCGUCGCACAGUUGCUCUCUUAUUUUGCGCAUCAAUAUUAUCUGCUCUGUAGCCCUUUAGUUGCGUUUAAAGUGAUUUGCGCGUCCCCACCUCCGACAGUCGCGAUGAGCAAGCCACUGCUACGUACCGCAGCCGCCGGCGCGCUGCUUGGUGUAAGCUUUUAUGUUGGUCAAGACGUGGUAGGGGAGUACACGACCUACUGUAUUCUUCGCGACCACGCACUGGCUAUCGCCAACAAAGAUGAGCAGCUCGAGGCUCAAAUCGGCAAGCCCUACGUAGACGGCCCUUGGUACAACGCCAGCAUUGGCUUCACGCAAACAGGACACAUUGCUGCUGUCACUUUCCCGCUGAAGGGCAGCAGUCAAAUCACAGACGUGAGCGUGCGUGCCGUACGGCGACCGGGUGUAUCUUCCACCGCCCUUUACAACCUGACAAGUGGAGAGUGGAAGGUCCUCGACUGCAGCGCCAUGGCCCCCCAGGCUGGGGGAAUGGUAAAGCCGCGCAGCCUCAUGCCGGUGCAAGCGGUGCCCAAGGUGGUAGAUGGCAAGGUCAUCCAUGGCGAGGAGUGCGAGGAGUGCAACCGCAAGGCCGCAGCCGGAUCGGCUGCUGGGGCUGCAGCCACUCCCUCACCCGCGGCAGCAGCGCCGGCAGAGGCGACUGGGGAUGUAGCAGCGGCGCCAGCGCCAGGAGCAGAGAAUGGUGCGCAGCAGAAGAAGCGGCGGAGAUUCUUUUUUUUCUAAACUCCCUCACUCGGGCUUAGCACGCGUUGGCGAGGAGCCACGCCACUCUGGGGCAGCGCUGGUGCAGGGAAGUUUCUGGCCCGUGGCUGGCUAUUAACGAUGACGGGCGGUUUGGUGCUGCUGUGAAGUAUACCCGUGCGUUUUACACCGCACUGCGCCACCUGGUAAUCGACUCGCAGCAAGGUGGGCAACACGGCUGGGCCGCUGGGCAGGUGGCCGGGUUUUGAUGGUGAUGCAAGUAAAUGCCGCAUGUUUGCUAGACCGCCAGGGAAGAUUGUGUGCUUGUGCCACAGUCCGCUGGAGACGAGGGCUGUCAUGUGUUGCCGGUACCAUCAGCCUCAAGUGUCUCAUAGCGAGUGCCCUCAGCCUGGGAAUGUCAUGCAGUGCAUUGACGCAGUUGGGGUUGUCUGAGAGCUAUUCGACAUGACGUGGCAGGCGCCUCUCAGUGCCUUGAUGGAUUGCACUGGGUGUGGCUGGCUAGGCACGGUAUGGACUUGACCACACAGGUAUGUAGAAACGGCUAACGCACUUUCUCUAUGUACGGAUCGGAGGUUGGUUGGCUCUAGGACAAGAGGUUGGAUCGAGGACAAAAGGCGGCUUCUUGGCCGGCAAGGGUGGGCAUGUGUAUGUGUGACCCCCCACCACCCCUUGACAGACAGCUCCGGUAUGAUGGGACCCUGGAUCUCGCCCGUUGGUGAAGAUGACACUUGUAAUGGAGGCCGGGGUUUUCGUUACACUUUGUUAGGUGCAACCUGGCAUUUGCAUGUUGCCUGGGGUUUCGGGCUUGGCUUGGUGUGUGGUAGACAUUGACGUGCCUUGCGAUUUGGGCAACCCAAUCUAAGGGAGACGUCGGGAGAAGCAAUCUCAUUAUCUGGUGCAUGGACUGCAUGCGGCAGUAAUAUGCAACACUGUGGCAUGGUCCAUGACACCUUGAUACAUUUGCUAUGUCGUCCUGGUCUUCUGCCCAUUAUGAGUGCAUGCGUGUCAGCAGGGCAGCGGUAUAUGCAAUAACAGUCCGCCGUACACUCAUAGGGCAACUGUACGUCUAUGCCCUCUAUGGUUCACCGCUUCCAGCUUGUAUAAGGGGGUGGAUAUUCCGUAAAGGAGGAAUAGAGCGCCUAUGCAAAACUAGGCGACACACAAACAUUGUGUGAGCUUCGUUGAGACCCGCCACCGUUUCAGAUUACCGAAAC